CAAAUAGUAGUAGUAACUAGUAAGUCGGUCAUUAAUUGAACAUUUGAACCAUCAAAGGUAAGAUUUUUUUAUUUUUUAUUUUUAUUUUUUUCCGUUUUUCCUGACAGCAAAAGACUUUCUUUUUGGAACAAGAACAGCAAAAGACUUUUAGAGGAGUAUCUUACGACUUUUCCCGCAACCAAUUGAAGAAAGACUCAAUUCUGCUCCGCCCGUUGAUCUUCACCUUCCACUCGCCCAGUUGACUCUGAUUGAGCUCAGUGAAUUCUGUACAAACCCUUCAGUUUUAGCUUCUGGGUUCAAGGUUUCAAGCCUUUUUCCAAUAAUGGAUUUAAGCAUUGUAACUAAGAUGGAUCGAGGCCAGAUAACAACUCUAGCAUCUGGGUUCUGUACUUUGUUGAGUAUUCAUUACACGGUACAGCUCGUAUCGCAGCAUCUAUUUUACUGGAAAAAUCCCAAAGAGCAAAAAGCUAUACUCUUUAUCAUACUCAUGGCUCCUAUUUAUGCCAUCGAUUCUUUUGUGGGUCUUUUGGAUUUUCAAGGAAGCAAGGCAUUCUUCAUGUUUUUGGAUUCUAUUAAGGAGUGCUAUGAGGCCUUAGCCAUUGCAAAGUUUAUGGCUUUGAUGUACAGUUAUCUGAACAUAUCCAUUAGCCAGAAUAGAGUGCCAGAUGAGAUUAAAGGGAGAGAAAUCCACCAUUCUUUUCCUAUGACCCUUUUUCAGCCUCACAAGACUCAUUUGAACCAUCACACGUUGAAGCUUCUCAAGUACUGGACAUGGCAGUUUGUCAUCAUUCGCCCUGUAUGCUCCCUCUUGAUGAUAACAUUACAACUGGUGGGAAUGUAUCCCAGUUGGGUCAGCUGGACAUUCUCCAUAAUUCUAAACAUCUCCUUUUAUGUCGCAAUGUAUGCAUUGCUUGCUUUCUACCAUAUAUUUGCUAAAGAAUUGGAACCUCACAAGCCACUUUCCAAGUUCAUUUGUAUCAAAGGGAUCGUUUUCUUCAGCUUCUGGCAGGGGAUUGUGCUCAGUAUUCUAGUAAAAGCAGGUAUCAUUCGCUCAGAACAUUUCUGGUUGGACGUAGAGCAUAUUCAGGAAGCUAUCCAGAAUUUGUUGAUUUGUGUGGAGAUGGUUUUCUUCUCCAUUCUCCAGCAGUAUGCCUACCAUGCCGCUCCAUACAGUGGACAAGUGGAUGCAAUAUUUAGAUCCGCAAAAAAGUAUGAGUGAUCGGUUCUCGAAGAUCCAAAACUCAAUGGCACCAGGAACAACACAGGCAAACUUCCAAUUAGGGGUCUCUUUACCUUAUUCUGGCAGUUUUACUGCAACUUUAAUGUAUAGUCUCUACAUCCGUCUAUUCGAUUUACAUAUGUAUUACGUUUAUCCAUAUAGUGAGAUGAAUUUUAGUUUUUGUUGAUAACUAUAGUAAUGAACUAUCGUUAUUGGUUUCCGCAUAGUAAUUUGCAAUCUAUUUUGCAAUGUGAUACACAAGAAUAACCUUAAGUGCCUCUAAAUACAACGAAAGAAAGUUUACAAAAGAUAUAGACAACAUUUCACUAACAAUAAACAGUGGGCCAAUGGUCUCCAAAUAUUGUGACUCUUCCAAUGUAACGAUUUUCUCCUCCCAGAGAGAAAAAAAAAAAGGUAAAAACUAUCAUCAAAGAUCUAACAGGCUUCUCAACCGGUAGAUGCCGAUUACUGCUGCAAAUUGCAUUACUACGGAAGUAGCAGACAUUUGGACAUUCCAACCUUUUGUACUAACCAGUAUAAUAUCUAGGCAAAAUUUUAACCAUAUCUCUUGGAACCAUGAUAAGAAAAAAUCCGUACUGCAUUUUGGUAACUGCUUUCAGCAAGUUCUUCUUUAGUCAUCUCAAGCAAAGAUGCAACAUAAGCCAGCACAUGGUGGAUGUUUGCAGGAUGGUUAAGGAUUUCUUGCUGCACUUCUGAUUUAUGACUUGUUUCCAAGGACUGACUGUCAGAUGAGUUGCCACCCUUGGAAGUUGAAACUUCUCCUGGACCAGAGUUCUCAUCACCGGGAUUAUCUCCAGCUUCAAUUGAUAGAAGCUGAUCGUCGGUAAAAGCUCUUGGAAGAGCAUCAGGUGCAUCUGUUUCCAAUAAGAUCCUAUCAAGAGGCACAGACUUCAACAUUUUCUUUGCCUUGCUUUCUUUCAUGGACAUAAGAAAACCAGAAAAGGAGAAGUAAGCACCCAGCUUAGCAAAUUCAGGAACCAAUUCAGCAGAGCCUAAGUAGGAAUGCAAAAGGACACCCGCAGGGAAUGGUCCUUCAGAUUUCAGUAUAUCAAAUAAAUCACCAAAAGCUCGAACACAGUGGAUGGAAGCAGGCCUUUUUAACUCUUUAGCAAGCUGCAGUUGUUGGCGAAAAACUUCUACUUGAUCACUAAAGUCAAUUUGCCUUCCGCGAGAACCUUUGUCUAAACCAAUCUCGCCGACUGAAGCUUCAGGAGUAGCAUCAAAGAAUUCCUUCAAAUUUCUCAACCAAUUAGGGGUUCUCUCAGCAACAAACCAUGGAUGGAUUCCAAAAUUUGGAACUACUGAAGGAUACCUAUCACUCAUCUCCUUCACAACAUGCCAAUCAUCCUCAGUUACUCCAUUAACAGCAAAGUGAACGACACCCCUAUCAACGGCUGUCCUUAUAAUAUUAGGGGCCACAUUAAAGAUCCUUGGAUCUUGCAAGUGACAAUGAGCAUCAAAGAGCUUUAUCACGGACAUGGUACUAAUAUAGGUAUAACACGUACUCUCUUACUGCCUUAAACAUCCUCGAACAGUUUAUUUCUGAAUCAGGAGAUUACUUCCUUGGCUCCGCAGUUUCAAAGCCUGUCCGAGAUUAGCCAAACAAGCUGAAGAUAUAAAAAUAAGGAUGAUAUGCAGGGGAACUCCCCAACUAGAACAGAGCAAACAUAAGAAGUUCUCAUUCAGAGAAAUAAUAUCAAAAAGAGUUCCUCUCUCAUUUACAUCAAUGUUUUCUGUAGCUAUCUGCACUCUCUAUAUAUCUAGAGUUCUAACCAAAGGAAAUAACUAUUUCGUAUGAUUAACUUGUUUCAAUUGGAUUACCAACAUAAUCAGACCUUCAAAUUUCACAUCUCUAAGAUAACUCAAGGUUUAAAAAAAAAAAAUGCUUCAAUUAUACACACUUAAAGCAAGAUGACUGCAUGAAUAUCACUUAAAUUAAAACUAGAAUGAGCCGUCAUCUAUUGAGUUCAUCAUCAUUCCUCCUAUCUCAUAACCAAAAUUACUUCUUUCAUCACUGUACUAAACCAGAAUCUUCAAUAGAUUAUAUGAACAAAGAUACCAACUUUAUCACUUCUCCAAAAAUUAAAGACGAAAGAGAAAAGGUUACUGGGAUAUAAAUUCAUUUUACCACUGGGAUUGAACCCACAUCGCAUCUAGCGUAAAAUGCAAACUAAAAGAAAGAAAUUAAGGAAUUAUAAUCGAUUUUACGACCAUAUAACACAAGUAACUACAAGCACGUUUAUGCUAAACUCCUCCUUGGAAACCAACUUUUGAGUGUAAAUGAUCUCAAGGAACGUUCUAAAAUGAGUCUGAAAAUACCUGAUAUAUAGAAAUUCAUCAUCCCUUUCUUCUCAGGGAUAAAUUGUUUUCAAUCCAGAAGCAACUGCGGCAAAGUUUUCAGGACAGAGACAACUGCG